CAACAAACUUCCCCCACUUUUGCCCCACAGCCCUCGUCGCACACAGCAACCGCUUCAAGCUGAUGCCGGCUUCCGGAAUUCCAUGCACCUGACGGGACCUUCUCACACGCCAUUGCCUGCCUUUCCAGAAGAGGCGCUGUCAAAAGUCCAGUUUCCAGCCGCUGCCUCGGACCUCUUACGGCGGCCAGUCCAGCGUGCUCGCAGGCAUCACGUGUAGAAUAUGAGAUUGCUUUUUGUGUGCAAAAACUGAGAUGAAGCUUCCUCGAGCUGUACUUCGACAGUGCAGGUAUCGCACUCCCCGGCAUGGGCUUACGUUUACGCCUGUUAGUUCUCUCUUAAGGGGGCCAAUAUGCCCUCUUCGGCAGAAUAGCAAAAGGGCUUCAUCCUGGUGGUCAUGGGGCGACAGGAGUUAUGCAACUGUGGCCGCGGGUGAGCUUCAGUUCGGCCAACCCGUGCAUGAGACGCAUCCUCACGUCCUGAAGGCCGGCGAGAUAACUCCGGGUAUCACCGCUCAAGAAUAUUUCGAUCGGCGAGCCAAGCUGGCGCUCAGCCUACCCGACAAUGCAGUGGCCGUUCUCGCAGCGGCCGACCUCAAGUACCGCUCCGGUGCCGUCUUCUUCCCAUUCCGCCAGGAGUCCAACUUCCUCUAUCUCACCGGCUUUUCCGAGCCGGAGGCCAUGGCCGUGAUCCAGAAGACUGGCGCAAACCUUGGCGACUACGCCUUCCACUUAUUUUGCCGGCCAAAGGACCCCAGGGCUGAGCAGUGGUCUGGGCCUUGGAGCGGUCUUCAGGCCGCGCAGGAUGUGUUCAAUGCAGACGUGGCGGGAGACAUCAACAAGGUUGACACGCUCCUGCCGCCCCUUAUCAAGGGGGCCAGCAAGAUGUACACGGACAUCGAACUGAGCAAAGGCGGCUACCCAACCGCUUUCGCGAACCUGAUCCGCCAGGCCGACAAAUCCGCGGGGACACAGGCCCUCCAGCCGAUGGUCAACCAGCUGAGAGCGAUAAAGUCGCCCGCCGAGAUCGCCAACAUGCGGAAGGCAGGCCAGGCGUCGGGCCGAGCCAUCACCGAGGCAAUGCGCCGGGAAUGGCGGACGGAGAAGGAUCUGGCAGCAUUCCUCGACUACCAGUUCAUCGUGAACGGCUGCGACGGUCCCGCAUAUGUGCCCGUCGUCGCGGGUGCGCCCAGAGGCGGCAUGAUACACUAUGUCCAGAACAGUGCCACCCUGAGGGAGGACGACUUCGUGCUGGUCGAUGCCGGCGGGGAGUAUGGCACCUACGUCACCGACAUCACGCGGACUUGGCCGAUGAGCAAGAGGUUCUCUCCCGCGCAGCGUGAUCUGUACGAAGCCGUUUUAAAGGUGCAGCGGGCGAGCGUGUCACUGUGCCGAGAGAGCAGCGGCUUGACGUUGGAUAGGAUCCACAGGAUCACCGAAGACGGGCUGCGCGACUAUCUGAAGCAGCUGGGCUUCGACAUGUCUGGGAACGCCCUGGACGUACUCUUCCCCCACCACGUCGGCCACUACGUCGGCCUCGACGUCCAUGACGUGCCGGGAUACGGGAGGCAUUGGCCACUGAGGUCGGGACACUGCGUCACCGUUGAGCCGGGGAUCUACGUCCCUGACGACGAACGCUGGCCCGAGCAUUUCAGGGGAAUCAACAUAAGAAUAGAGGAUAGUGUCUGCGUAGAUGACGAUUCCCCUUUCAUCCUUACUACGGAGGCGGUUAAGGAAGUCGAUGAUAUCGAGGCGCUGAGGGACUAAAAGCAAGCUGUAUAUGUAGGUAGUUGUACGACUGUAUAUAUCGAUAUUGGAAAUGUAGUAUUAGCAUAUAAUGACGACCCGAGGUAGCAGCCGGGCGCCCGAGGAGAGAUCUAUUCAGUAGAUUUUGCCCCUUCUGCUCGGUGAAAGGGCAUCUACGGCGUGGGAGUGAACGGAGACAGAUACCCAUGGAAUUGACUAGAUACCGAGUCUCUCACCCUUAUGAGCAGACAGCCCGAGUAGGUAUAUACAGUGGCGGAGCACAAAGCUAAG